AUGCAUCGAGCUACUCCCGAGUCAGGCGAUGUCAGAAAGGCUCAACUAUACCUUCCCUCCGCCCCCCACCUCUCGAGCCUGACAAUCACCGAAAACCAAACUCCUCAAGCCCCCGCACCGUUCGACGGCUCGACUCUCACCUUCAACCCGUUCACUGGCCGAACUCCCGUCGCCAUGAUGCGACCCAUCAAACCAGCCACUGAGCUUUAUUUGGAGUUCCUCGAUUCCCCUGCCCCAAAGACAUCCGACGACUGGGAUAAGGCAUACAAAAUGGUUGAGGUCUUGAUCCCCUCACCGGCUGCUCGCCACUACAAGACCGUUCGAAAGCUGGAGCAGGAGGCUAUUCGGGACGCUGCAAUCCGAGCAGAGUUUGGGAGUGCGUCCGACGACGAGGAAAGUGAUGAUGAUGAUUCAGCUAAAGAACUCAAGGAGCACUACACCGAAAAGGCAAAGGACGAGGACAGCGGCGAUGAGGAAUACGUCUUGGAUGUUGCUGAGGCCGAAAUUACGGAGGAGGAAAAGCGAUACCAGGACAUGAGAUACAAGGCACGCUUCCCAUUUGCUUUCCUUGCCCAAGAGUUCGAUGACAACGAGGUCGAUUCCGAAUACUCCGCAUCUAGCAGCUCAGAGAGUGAGUCCGGCUCAGAGUUCGGGUCAGACAUUGUCGGAAAUGGAGGAACUGUAGGUGUUGGUGAUAGUAGUGAUCCGAUGGAUGUUGAUGGAGGAGAGUGGGACGAUGUUGAGGAUUCUUCAGACCAUGGUGACUUGGACACAUUGUCCAAUCCUGAUCUUCCUGAUCUUCCUGAUCUUCGGUCUGGCAAACCUCGCUACCGCAACUAG